UCUGUUCCAACCAAAAUCAAUGUACAUAGCACGUAUAUGAACACAUUCAAAUAAUUCUUUAAAAAAAAAUCAAACAUAAUUCAACUGCCGUUUCAAUAGAAUAGGUAACUAGAGUCAAGUUCGAAAUUUGAUAUCAAAACUUUUUUCGCGGUAGUGUUAAAAAGUGGCCAGUGUUUUGGGAAGCGAGACGUAUAUGAUGUGGUAUAUGACCGAAGUGGGCUAGUGACUGAAACUGUCACUGGCCAGUUGAUAAUGAACGCAGAAGAGAAGAAAAUUUGAAAUCUCAAAGGCCAGGAGGGCGAGCGUCAGGGCCGCGAAUAUGAAUGCGCAACUUGCACGCGACGUCAACGAUACCGACCAUGCAUCCACAUAUCCCCCCGAGUGGUUCACCAACUGCUCGUGGGCGGACGCGGUGCAGUGGGGCUGCAACGUGACCGUCAACGAGACCGCCACCAACACCACCAGCGGCGACACCACCAACCUCGUGCUCAUGGCUGUCACCUCCGUCGUCCUCGCGCUCAUCAUCUUGGCUACUAUUGUUGGAAACGUGUUCGUGAUCGCAGCUAUAAUAAUCGAGAGGAACCUGCAGAACGUGGCCAACUACCUGGUCGCGUCGCUGGCCGUCGCUGACCUCAUGGUCGCCUGCCUGGUCAUGCCGCUUGGAGCCGUCUAUGAGGUCAGUCAAGGCUGGAUCCUGGGCCCAGAGCUGUGUGACAUGUGGACGUCCAGCGACGUCCUCUGCAGCUCUGCUUCCAUUCUUCACCUCGUCGCUAUCGCUACUGACAGAUACUGGGCUGUCACAGAUGUAGACUACAUCCACAUUCGAAAUGAGAAGCGCAUCUUCACGAUGAUCGUGCUGGUGUGGGCGGCCGCGCUGGUUGUCUCCCUGGCCCCGCAGCUCGGCUGGAAGGACCCAGACUACCUCGCCAGGAUCACACAACAGCAGAAAUGCCUCGUGAGCCAAGAUCUCGCUUACCAGAUCUUCGCCACUUGCUCAACGUUCUACGUUCCUCUCGCCGUCAUUCUCAUCUUAUACUGGAAAAUCUUCCAGACCGCCCGAAGACGAAUCCGGAGGAGACGUGAGCCCCCUCCUCCUAGGCCAACGUCAGCAGACGGAGCUCCGCCUUCCGGAAGACCUGUCCAAUCAGCCAGGGACAGACGCUUCGUGAAGAAAAGGUUCUUAAACCUCAAGAAGUGUAACCAGCGCACUCGGGCCGAGACCCUCGCCGCUGCGUUGCUGCUCACCGAGGGCCAGAGCACGUCCACCGUGGACACGCUAGAUGAGGAGCCUAGGACAACAGCGUUCACUAUCAACGAAAAAAUCCCGCCCUCAGUCUCCCCAGAGAAGUCUUCCUCAACCGUAACGAACGGGUCGAAACAGGAGCGAGCUAUCGUUCCCGCUCCCACUCACAGAGAGAAGAAGGAGUCCUUAGAAGCAAAGAGAGAGAGAAAAGCAGCGAAGACGUUAGCUAUUAUUACUGGGGCGUUCGUGUUCUGUUGGCUGCCGUUCUUUAUUAUGGCGCUGGUGAUGCCCAUCUGUCAGACGUGUGUGAUCAGCGACUACCUAGCGAGCUUCUUCCUGUGGCUCGGCUACUUCAACUCGACGCUCAACCCUGUGAUCUAUACGAUAUUCAGCCCUGACUUUCGCCAGGCGUUCGCGCGUAUCCUCUUCGGAACGCACAGGCGCGGACGUAAUAAAAAAUUCUAACAAAAAUGUCCCUAUUAUAUUUACAACUGAGCCGCGCUCGGUGGAAUGGACUAUGUUACUCCUCUUGUAUAUUUUAAUGCUUUAUGUAUGUUAUACAUACUCAACGUUGGUAGCUAGUGUAAAUACGUUUAGUGGAAGAGUUGUAAAUAAUAUAUAAAGGUAUAUAUAUAAUAGAUGAUGUUGAGGAUUGUUUUUUUUACGCGUUAUAGUCUAUGCAGCCGCGACGGGGUCGGUCGAGAGUCCAGGCCGACGCCGUCGCCAGCUCUUAUGUUGUUCCAGUGACAUUACCAAAUAAAUAAAUAAAUAUUUAAAUUAUAUCAUUA